CAUGUGCUUUAUCACAUCUCUGUAUAUAACUAUGUAAAGGGUGGGUGUCAAGAGAAUUGAGCCGGGCUCUUCUCGGUGGUGCCAACCAGCCGGACUGGAGGCAAGGGGCAGAAAGUGAUGGACAGAUAGUUCCACCUGAACACGAGGAAGAACUUGGUUACUGUGCAGUGACAGCCCUGAAACAGAUAAGCCAGAGAGGUUGUGGAGUCUCCUUCACUGGCGAUACCCGAGAGCCAUCGGCACAAUCCUGUGCCAUGUGCACUGGAUGGCCCUGCUUGAGCAGGAAGGUUGCACCAGCCACCCGCUGUGGCCCCUCCCAAUCUGACCGAGUCUAUGAUUAUGUAUUGAUUUUACAUCUUAUGGUGUGAUGAACUCUUUUCAGGCAUCUCUGGGUAAAAGUUGAAGCCAGCAAACAUUCAGGCAGAGCAUUUGGCUUGGCUUUGAGCCCUGCUUCGGCUGCCAGGGCCAAAGCCAAAAGUCCUCCUGAUAGUACUCCAAGAAGGCCUGUUUUAUCUGUCAGUGCAAGAAAAAUUAAAGAUAAUGCAGCAGACUGGCAUAAUUUAAUGAUGAAAUGGGAGAGACUGAAUGAUAAUGGAUUUACUACAGCAAACAAAAUAGUCAACAUGAGGAUCAGUGAGCAAUUUCAAUACAACAAGCUGGAGAUAGCCUGUGAUAAUAGUGCCACAGAAUCUGAAAAGCCAACCCCAAAAUACAAUGAAGAGCUGGACAAUUGCUGUGCAGAAUUACUUGAGACCUUAAAGCAUAUGACAAAAAUACAACUGAAAAUGGAAAAGCUUACUUCGACUACUAAAGCAAUCUGUGACUUGGAAACAUUCCACCAUGGAGCUGGGAAUUGCACAGCACCCUUCUUUCAUACGUGGCCCACACCAUACUUCUAUGAGGUUUCUCUGAAGCUGUCUGAAAUGUACAAGAAGGAACUACAACUCAAGCAAACAAUUGUGCAAGACAUUGCUCAUUCUGCUGACCAGGAUCUGAUGAUGGUGUAUUUAUCAUCGUGGUUGUACCAGCCUUACAUUGAGAACAGCAGCAUGCUGCUACUCGAAGCCAUGCUGCUGGAAACAGGACACAGGCAGUGCUAGAAUUCCAAAGGUUAAUGGCUGGCUUCUAGUGAUGCUUACAUGAAACUGAAUUGGCAUAUUGCAAGGCUUACUAAGUAAGUUGAUUUUUUGUAAAACUUACUAAAAAUAUUUUUCUCUGUUCAUAUUCCCUACUUUGUCUCAGGUGAUACUCCUUUUUCUCAUGGGACAAUCUAGUUUUGGUUGUUUUUAUGUAUUUUAAGAGGAACACAGAGGCUACAGGUAUGAAGCUAAAUCCUCUGUAGUCAGAAAGAGGUAAGCACUGGUUGGUGGUCUGGGGGAUUCAAUGCUAUAGAAGCUACAGCAAAAAAUGUUACUUCCUCCCAAGACUGGAUAGCCUAAAAUACCUACAUGGUCCCUUUUGCCAUAGAAAUUCAGCACUUCUUGAUCUUUCAUAGCGUUUUGUUUUUUUUUUAAAUGAAUUAACAGGGCAAAUAUUUUUGUACUUGCUUUAUAAGUGGAGGAAAGAAAAGCAUAAAAAAAAAUCCAAAAGGAUCCACAUAGUUUGGUGCAUGAUUUUUGAACUGCUGUUGCAGACAAUAGUGUAAAUUCUGGUUUGUUUUGGAUUCUGGUGUUGUUGGGUACAUCACCCUCAAAGAGUGAUCCAAGCGUAAGCCAGCAUCAGGGGAAGGUUUAGUACAACCCAUCAUUCUACAGUCAUUAUAUAAUAAGGUCUUGUUCCUUUUAAUUAAUUUUAAAUUCUUUUGUUUUCUUGCUGUUUUUUAAGAGAUGUUUUAUGAAAACGUCUGUUGAAUAAAACAAAACCUGCUUUAUUCAA